AAAGUACUUCGGAAACUGUCAGGGGCUGUAACGAAUAACCUCUGCAAAAGGGCAUCUGCGCGUAAGCCUCCCCAGUCUCCCUGGCCCAGGAAUCGCUCGGGUCUCCCCCCGAGCCGCGCGGGCGGGGUGGGCAGGGAGGUCAGCCCGCGGGGCUCGCGUCUGGGCGUUUCUGCAGCGGCCGGGGAGGAGUUCCGCCCUCGCCCGCGUCCCGCCCCGCCGCCGCCUCGCGCCAGCACUCGCGCUCCGGGAGUCUCUCCGGCCCGGCCCCCGGCGGCGCUUCCCGGGUCCGCAGCAGGCACCGCGCGGCGGGCGGGCCGCCACCAUGCAGGUCCCGCACAAGGAGCACCUCUACAAGCUGCUGGUGAUCGGCGACCUGGGCGUGGGCAAGACCAGCAUCAUCAAGCGCUACGUGCACCAGAACUUCUCCUCGCACUACCGGGCCACCAUCGGCGUGGACUUCGCGCUCAAGGUGCUCCACUGGGACCCGGAGACCGUGGUGCGCCUGCAGCUCUGGGACAUCGCCGGUCAAGAAAGAUUUGGAAACAUGACACGGGUCUAUUACCGAGAAGCUAUGGGUGCAUUUAUCGUCUUCGAUGUCACCAGACCAGCUACCUUUGAAGCAGUGACAAAAUGGAAGAAUGACUUGGACUCAAAGUUAAGUCUCCCUAACGGCAAACCAGUGUCAGUGGUUUUGUUGGCCAACAAAUGUGACCAGGGGAAGGAUGUGCUACUGAACAAUGGCCUCAAGAUGGACCAGUUCUGCAAGGAGCAUGGUUUCGUGGGAUGGUUUGAAACAUCAGCAAAGGAAAAUAUCAACAUCGAUGAAGCCUCCAGAUGCCUGGUGAAACAUAUACUUGCCAAUGAGUGUGACUUGAUGGAGUCCAUUCAGCCUGACAUCGUGAAGCCGCAUCUCACAUCGACCAAGGUUGUCAGCUGCUCCAGCUGCUCCAAAUCCUAGUGGGCUCCUGUGCUGGAAUAUGGUGGGAGGAAUCCAAUCAUCUCAUGAAUUGCGUCUCAAAUCCUACCAUCUUGGAUAAAUGUCAGGAUGGGGAUACAGCUGGGGCAAGCCAAAGACCUAUGCCUGUGUCUUUCUUUCCUCCAAGAGAAAUAGCAAAUGUUCCUUUUUAUGUUUUUUUUCCCCCCACAGCAUCAGCACAGUGUUUACAAGCUUUUAAAAUAUUUAGUCUGUUACAACAUUCUGUCUUGUAGCUGACUGUAAUUCUGCACAAACAGAGUUGGCCCUAUUAUUUGCAUCUUUGGGUCAGCCAGGGCCUCAGGUCUGAAAGAGAAAGGGGACAAGAACAGACUAGCUGUCAAGUUAAGCGCUGGCUUUCACUUUGCCCCUGGAGUCUUUGUCCAGACGUCAGUACAUCCUCUGCUGCUCUGACAGGCCUAUUAAGUAGAAGCCGUCCUUUCUCCAGAGAUGACCUCCAUUCUCAACAGACCUGGAGUUGUCUCUGAUUUAGCUCUUCAGAGUCAUGGACACAGGCUUCCUGUGCUUUUCUUGCUUUUAUUGUCAAUUGCCGUGCCCUGAAUGUUGGUUUCACUGAAAACUUUAUGAAAAGACCUCCCCUGGUAUGUGCCUUUAUGUUAGCUUUCUCUAACCCGAGCUGUGGGACUCUUCUGUAUGUGUAAUAUAUAUUAUAUAUAUUUUCACAAGUGAAAAAUAAAACAUGAAAAGAUGCUGUUUCCUUA